AUGGGCCCAGAGAGGAGAAGAGCUGCUCUCAUACUGAAUGCAACCUUUGUUCGCCCUGCAGCUUUUUACAUUAACGGGUUUUCAGACCUUCCUCAUGCUGAGUAUUACUACGGCUUCCUGUGCUUCGUCUACAUUCUGACGGUUCUAGGGAAUAGUUUGGUUCUUGCUGUGAUUUACCUGGUGAAGACGCUUCACACGCCUAAAUACAUGAUUGUGUUCAGCCUGGCUUUAACAGAUCUGUGUGGCAGCACUGCUCUCAUCCCUAAAGUCCUGGACACGUUCUUGUUUGACAGGAGAUACAUUGUCUAUGAGGCUUGUUUGAGUUACAUGUUCUUUGUGUGGUUCUUUACAAGUGUCCAGUCGUGGACACUCGUCGUUAUGGCUUUUGACAGGUUUGUAGCCAUUUGCUUUCCUUUACGCUAUCAUCGUAUUGUGACUAAGCCAGUGAUUGCUGCAAUGCUGCUGUUUUCAUGGGUGGCUAUGGUGAGUGUCUUUGCGCUGGCCAUUGGGUUUCUGAACCGACUCUCGUUCUGUGGCUCUUUAGUGGUGCAGAGUUUCUUCUGUGAUCAUGGUCCCAUAUUUCGUCUGGCCUGUAAUGAUAAUUCGUUCAAUAGCAAAAUGGUGUAUGUUGUAAUAGUCCUGGUCAUCUGCCUUCCUUUAAUGCUGGUAGUGCUAACGUAUGUCUGCAUUUCUGUGGCUCUGAGCAGGAUCGCGUCAGGGCCAGAACGACUCAAAGCCUUUAAAACGUGUGUUUCUCACCUGAUCCUUGUUGCUAUUUUCUUCCUACCGCUGCUGGGCACAAACGUAGCUGUGCUGACGUCCACCCUUCACCCCAACGCCCGGAUAGUUAACUCCACUUUGACACACACCUUACCAGCUCUGCUGAACCCCAUCAUCUACUCCUUAAAAACAGAAGAGGUGCUCAGAUCAAUGAGAAGACUUUGCAAGAACAGGGUGAGAAAUGUAACCCUCUGCAAAAGGUUUUAACCCCUGCA